AUGUUCACAAUCAUAAUAAGUAUUCCGACACUUUUAUCUAAAUAUCCUACAACAAAUCCAAAAGAUAAACUUGAUAUCUUUGCACAAUUAAUUAGACAAACGUGUCAAUUGCCAAAAUGUUAUCCUUCUUUGACUCAAGAUGUCGCAUUAAAAUUGCAAGAAGAUUGUUCUCAAGAUUUAAUGCAACAAAAUAUAAUGGCUACAUUGAAUUUUUUAUUAUUUUCUCAUUAUAAACCGAUACAAGAACUGAUUUGUCUAAGGAAUAGUUCAAGUAAAUACAAUUCUUAUUGUAUUUUAGAAACGUUAACAAGUUUUGAAGCUUAUCAAGAGAAAUCGAUUGUUUCGACCUCCUCAUUUGAAGAGAGAAAAAUACCUAAUCCAACAACUACUGUUACUACAACCCUUUCACCUCCAACAGCUACAACAAAUACAAACGAAAAAAGUUCAGAAAAUGAUGAUAAUAAAGGGAGUUUACCUCCAACGACGCCGGAGGAUGAUUCAUCAUUUUUUGAAACUUUACCCGAUUCAUUAAUUUGUACUGAUUGUAACAAGGCUAUGAUCUCAGUUGCAUUAAAUUAUCUCAAAGAAAAUCCGGCGGUAUUAAUGUUACUAAAUGUGAAUGAAAGUCAACAAAUACAACGAGCUUCUCUAAUACUUGAAUUAAAAUGUGGUAAUUCAUUCUUGGAUGUAACCAUUAAAAAGCAUGAAAUCACGUGGCCAAAAUCUCCAACUGUCAUUGAAGAGGGAUCUUUAGGAAAAACAUAUAAAGUACAAUAUAAGGGAACCGAUGCCGUAAUUAGAUCAAGCAAGGAUGAUUUGGAGGCGAUCUUGGAAGAAUUUCAUGUUCAUUAUAAACUUCGAGAACAUGAAAAUAUAUUAAAAUUCUACGGUAUAAUUAUAAAGUCAGAUAGGAUAGCAUUGAUUUAUGAAUAUACGGCUUAUGGAAAAUUAUCAACAUUUCUUAAAGAGAAUUCCUUAUUAGGAUGGGAAAUCAAAUCAAAAUUAUGUCAUGACAUAACGUUAGCAUUAUUUCAGUGUCAUGAGUUAAAUAUAAGCAAUUUUAAUUUAAAGUUGGAUGAUAUUUAUUUGACUGGUGAUUGGAUGGCUAAAAUCGCCGGUUUUAACAAUGAUUAUGAUAAAAGGAAAAGUCGAAAAAGUUUGAAUUCUCUCUCACCUGAUAAUUCUAUGCAUUGGGUUGCUCCUGAAGCUGUCUCUCUGGAUCAAGACAUGAGAUUAUCCUUUGAAAGGAAUCCGAAAUUAGCCGACAUUUAUUGUUUAGGACUAAUAUUUUGGGCAAUUGCAAUGAAUGGACAAAUCCCUUAUGAAGAAAAUGUGGAGAACAUAAUAGAAGAGAAGCGACAACGUAAUGCAAAUGAACUUUUACAAAAUCAUUUACCAAAAUCGAUUCCACCAGAAUUCUCGAAUUUAAUUUUUAAGAUGACAAAAUUCACCCCAAGGCAAAGACCAAAGUUGCUUACGAUACUUUGUACAUUGGAAAGAUUAUAUGAUUUUGAUAAUCAGCAAGAAUCAUUAUCAGUAACAAGUUCAAAAGGUUUUGAUGUCGAAAGUGAUAUCUCAGAGAAUUUGAUCUCAAAUCAACUUGAAAAUGUUAGUCAAGCGAGUCAAUUUUAUGCUGGUUCGAUGAGUUCAUUAAUGAAUAAUAGUGAUAGCAAUAUCUUAAUUCAUCAAGAAUAUCAAUUUUCGCAAAUCGAAAUCGAUUUAUUAGAAAAGAUUACCUCAUUAUAUUUGGAAGCGGAAAAGUUUGGAUACGAUUGGCUCAUAAAAAAUCUUAAAAGUUGGAUUGAAAUCGAGAAAAUGAAUCCAAAAACAAUUUUUGAUUUAAUUAACAUAGAUUUAAAUAAACAAUAUAGAAGAUGUAUCAUAGGAUAUUUUUACGAGGAAGGAUUUGGUACCUUUCGAGAUACAAAACAAGCUUACAAGUAUUAUAAGAAAUCGGCGGAAGAAGGUGAUCAUUAUGCUCAAAAUCAUUUGGCUUUAUGUUAUCAAGAUGGUAUUGGUAUAGAAAGAGAUAGUCUUAGAGCCUUUGAUUGGUUCACAGAAUCUGCUUCCGGUGGCAAUGUUUCUGCUCAAAAUAAUCUUGCCAUGUGUUUUGAUUAUGGCAAGGGUACUGGUCCAAAUCGUGUCAAGGCCUUUACUUUAUAUAAAACUGCUGCUGAAGGUGGCAAUGUUUUGUCUCAAUAUUCACUUUCAUUAUGUUAUGAGGGUGGUUAUGGUACUAGCAUAGAUAAAAAAAAGGCUUGGAAAUGGUUAGAAACUGCAGCUAAAAAUGGAAAUUUGGCUGCCAUUGAAACUUUAAAGGCAAGAAAAAGAAAAAAUCAAAACUGGUUUACAAAAGGAAAUUUAUUUUCCAAGAAAAAUGUAAGUACUUUUAUUAAAUAA